UUGUCUAUAUAUAUGAAGGGACUUGAUAUGUGGAAUUAGAUUAAGAGUUUUUUUUCUAGAACAAAUUCCUUACACAGAAAAAUAAAUACAAGAUAGUGUUUCGAAAGGAUUAUAAAAUGAGCAAAGUUUGCAUUUCUUCGCGAGUAUAACAUAAAGCUAUGACUGACGGUUUGAUUUUAAUGACAGAGGACACCAGGAUCCGAGUUCAAAAAGUAUGGAAAAAAUUCUCAAAUAAACAGGAAGACAUGUAUGAACUGGGUAUUGCAAUGUUUGAACAGUUAUUCAAAAGGAAACCUGAAACAAAGAAAUUGUUUUCUUUUGAUGAAAAUAAUCCUGAUAGAUGGAGGCUGGUAAAAAGUCAUAUACGACUAUUGUUUGAUAUGAUUGGUGAAGCAGUUGGUUCGUUAGACGAUCAAGCAUCUAUGACACCUGUUCUUGAAAACUUAGGGAAUAGACACUUUCAUUAUGGAGUCAAACAAGAUUUUUACCUGGUGUUUGGUGAAUGUUUACUACAUGCAGUUGAGGAAGCUCUGGGUGAUAGCUUUACCGAAGAAGAUCAGACAGCAUUUAUGACACUGUACGACUGGGUUGGUGGCUGUAUAGUGAAAGGAAUAGCAAUGGAAUCGUAUAAAUAAAAUCUGGUGUUGCCUCAUGUUAAACAUGCAUUAUCAAGUGUACUUUGUUACAUGGAACCAUAUUUGUUGUGUGAUUUUUUUUAUGUAAAUAAUGACUUUUCUGCUCAUCUA